UUUAGCCAUAUCACAAAUCACAGUUUGUUGUUUUACUCCACAGGGAAGAAUGGUUGAUGCAGCUGUAUCGUUUACCAUCGAAAAACUUCAUGAAUUUGUUUCCCAACAAGUAAACAUUAGGAUUGGAGUGAAAGAUGGUAUAGGGUGGCUUAAAGAUGAGUUAGGCUACCUGCUUAUCUCUGUAAGAGCUGCUGAAGCACACCAAGAUAAGGAUCAUAUCCGUCGAUGGACAGACAGCGUCAAAGAUGUUGCUAAUCAGGCGGUUAUUAUCCUGGAGAGGUUUAGCGCUCAACGAGAAGAACAGGCAGCAGAUGAGCAAGGUGGUGUUCUGGACUGUAUCCGGAGAUUUAUCUGUAUCUGCAAGAAAGAAGCCAAUCUUUAUGAUCUCGGUAAGGAUAUCGAGUCCCUGAAGCAAAAAAUGAUUGGGAUCAAGAGUAGGCGAGACGAAUACCAUAUCAACGACAUGAUCAUCGCCACUCCAAACGUGCAAAAGAGAAGGAGAAAAUUGCUCAGAGCAGCUUCCUUCGACCACGAGAAGGAUGUCGUUGGUUUUGGGGAUGAUGUUCGGACUUUGUUGGCUAAACUUGGUAAUGAGGAUCCAUCCCUUGGAUUAAUUUCCAUUCACGGAAUGGGGGGGCUGGGCAAGUCGACUCUUGCUAGUAAGCUGUACCACUCAAGCGAAUUAAGCCAUUUUAAAAGUCGUGCUUGGGUUUGUGUCUCUGAGGAUUAUGACAUCACACAUGUUCUGAGGAAGAUAAUAAAGUGUUUUGAGGUAGAUGGACAAGAUUCGUUGAACAAAAUGGAAGAGGUAGAGCUGUUGCGGCACCUGCGAAAGAUACUUCUGCAAGGUGAUCACUAUCUUGUGGUGAUUGAUGAUAUAUGGGAUGUAGAGGUCUGGAAAAAGAUUAAAAAUGCUUUUCCUGACAAGAAAAACGGAAGUAGGAUUAUUAUAACCACGCGGAAUAAAGUAGUUGCCGAGGGUGUAGAAGACACAUGUUUCGUCUAUGAACUAAGUUUUUUGAGCAAAGACGAGAGCUGGCAAUUGUUCUGUAAGAGAGCAAAACCAACCCCCAACCUGGAGAUGUUAGGUAAGGAGAUGUUAGAUAAAUGUGGAGGUUUACCUCUUGCAAUCGUGAUCCUGAGUGGGCUAUUAUUGCAAAAAAGGACCUACAAAUUUUGGUCCGAUGUGAAGGACCAGCUUUGGAGAAAGUUGAAGGGUGAGUCUUCAGAGAUUCAAGAACUACUAAAUUUGAGUUAUGAUGACUUGUCUUUCAACAUGAGACAAUGUUUUCUAUACCUUGCAAGAUACCCUGAAGACCAUACUAUCAGAGUUUUUAAGUUAAAGUUGUUAUGGAUUGCAGAGGAAUUUGUUGAGGAACACGAUGAAGUAGACAUGGAGGAUGUAGCUGAGGAUUAUGUAAAUGAGCUUAUUAAUCGCAAUAUGAUUCAGAUAGAAUUACAGACUGCAGAUGGGCAAGUUUUGGCGUGCAAGAUCCAUGAUCUUGUACGUGAUCUUGUCAUAGAGAAGGCCAGGGAGCAGAAGAUACUGGGAAUUUUUGACUCAAAUAAACAUCAUCCAAAUCCCAUACGUUCGUUGCAAGGACAGACACGUCAUGCAAUCUACAAUGGAAUUGGUGAGUACUUUAAAUUACUUGGUCCUAAUUCUGGCAAUUUAAAUUUGCGUUCAUUAGCGCUAACUACUAAAACUGCUAGACUUCAAGUAGAGGAAAUAAAGUUGAUGUACACAAGAUUCCAAUAUCUCAAAGUGCUAGACUUGACCAGUGUGAAUAAAUCAGUGGGGAUACCAGAAGAAAUAGGAGAUUUAGUUCUCCUAAAGUUCUUGGGUUUAAUGGGUGGUCCUUACUCUGGUAAAGCUUUAGUGAUUCCUCCAAGUAUAGGCAAAUUGAAAAGGUUACAAACUUUGCAUGGAUCAGUCUAUAUGCAUAAUAGUUACGUAUUUCCAAAAGAGAUAUGUGAGCUUAAGGAACUAAGGCAUAUAUUCUUUAAUGAAAUUGAAGGGAAUUUGAAUAUUGGCAGCGACCAGACAAAGCUCCAAACCAUAAGUGAAAUAAUGUAUAAGGAAUGGUGCCAUAUUGAAACCAAUAAUUGGACCAAUCUCCAUACACUUGUAAUUUCAGAAGAAUAUGGUGAUGAUGAAGAAGAAGAAGAAGAAUAUAGUUUGGAGUCUAUGGCAAAUUUAACAAGUCUCAGAACAUUAGUCCUCCUACUGGGAAUGGGAGUGGGUGGUGUUAUUUCAACAAUGCAACCACUUUCGUCUUGCAAACAUCUCAACAAGUUGGUGUUGUUGUGUAAGAUAAAAGAUCUAGCAGAACUGAAUUUUCUACCAGAUUCAAUUACUGAUUUAACACUAUCAGUUACCACUUCCACAGAAGAUCCGAUGCCCAUUCCGGGGAGUUUGUCAAAUCUUACAUCCCUUUGGUUAAUGAACUGUGGAGACAAAAUGGUUUGUAGUGCAGAUGUGUUUCCGUGUCUACAAUUCUUAAGAAUACAACCCGACAGUGGUGGUCCGUUUGAACUUCAAGUUGAUGACGGAGCUCUGCCUUCUUUAAGAGCUUUUACAUUGGAGCGCCUGCCUUUUUUAAGAGUUUUUUUAUUGAAUGCUGACAGGGAUAUGAUUCCGCUACGAUUAAAGUCUCUUCCUAGUGUACCAGAUUUCCAAGAAUAUUUAUUCUAAAUUAAAAAUAAAGGCAACGUAUAGUUGAAGG